AUGUCCAAUGCAUCAGACAAGGUCUCGGUCCUUUUCGUCUGCCUAGGCAACAUCUGUCGCUCAACUAUGGCGGAAGGCGUCUUCCGGUCCCUGGCCAAAGGGCAUCCACGCAUCCAUGAGAUCGAUUCUGCUGGCACCGGUGCCUAUCAUAUCCUCGAUCCCCCUGAUUAUCGGACAAUGGCUACACUCCGCAAGCAUGGCAUUACAGAUUAUGAACACGGAGCCCGACAAGUAGACACUCAAGAUUUCCUUACAUUCGACUACAUCCUGGCCAUGGAUGCAUACAAUUUGAGAGACUUGCAGCGGCUCCGGCGCCGGGUGGAAAGCAAAGGACAGAAGCCGAAAGCCCAGGUGAUGCUUUUUGGCGAAUUUAGUGGGAAGGGGAAGGCCGAAGAGGUUGUUGAUCCCUAUUACGGUGCCGAUAAUGGAUUCGAGGUUGUCUACGAGCAAGUCACCAGGUUCUCCAAGAACUUCCUUGACCACAUCGCUUCAGGAAAAUCGACUUGA